CAGAAAACCGGGAGGCCCGUGACGUCACUGGCGGACUGACAGCCGACGUUGCAGUAAUGGAGGAAGUGAGAGUGUUUCCCCUGACCUGUGCCGUGCAGAAUUAUGCAUGGGGGAAAAAUGGGCUGGACAGCGAAGUGGCCAAACUGGUGAGUGGCGGAGAUCCGCUCGCCGUGAUAGAGGAUGGCAAGCCCUAUGCAGAGCUCUGGAUGGGCGCCCACCCAAAAGGCGAUGCCCAGAUUAAAGACAACAGGAUUGCGCAGACCACACUGGGCCAGUGGAUCGCCCACUUCCCUGCCUGUCUGGGCUCCAAGGUUAAGGACACCUUCCAGGGUCAGCUGCCCUUCCUCUUCAAAGUGCUCUCUGUCAACACAGCUCUGUCCAUACAGGCCCACCCCAACAGAGAGUUAGCCGCUCGUCUCCAUGCUCAGUUUCCGGAACACUAUCCAGACAACAACCACAAGCCAGAGAUGGCCAUUGCGCUCACCCACUUCCAGGGCCUCUGUGGCUUCAGACCAGUGGAGGAGAUCCUGGGAUUCCUUAAAUGUGUCCCAGAGUUCCAUGCUCUGGUGGGUAACGACUCGUCAGUGGAGCUGCGGUGCAGCAUGGGAGAUGCAGUACGUACAGGCCAGGUUCUGAAGAAGUGCUUCACCAGGAUGAUGAACUGUGAGAAGAAGGUGUUUGUAGACCAGCUCAACAUGCUGGUGAAGAGAGUCACGGAGGAGGGUGCAGCAGGGAAGGAUACGUCGAGCAGCAACGGUGACCUGGUGCUCCGUCUCCAUUCCCAGUAUCCUGGAGACAUUGGCUGCUUUUCCAUCUACUUCCUCAACCAUGUGUCGCUGGAUCCUGGUCAGGCCAUGUUCCUGGGAGCCAAUGAGCCUCAUGCUUAUCUUUACGGAGACUGUAUCGAGUGUAUGGCCUGCUCAGACAACACUGUGAGAGCCGGUCUCACACCGAAAUACAUCGACGUCAACACGCUGUGUGAAAUGCUGAACUACAGCCCUGCCCCCGCCAGCGCCAAAAUCUUCCCUUGUGUCCAGGACGCCUCAGAUCCCUGUGUGUCACUGUAUGACCCCCCAGUGCCAGACUUCACCGUCAUGAGGAUACAGGUCCCAGCCUCAGUGAAGCAGUACACUUUAGCCCCAGUCGACAGUGCCAGCAUCGUCCUGGUCAUCGAAGGCGACGCCACGGCAACCUCCACUGCUGCUCUCUCUGAUGUCACACUGAGGCGGGGCACCGUCCUGUUUGUCUCAGCCAACGAGAGUGUGUCCCUGCACAUCACCUCCCCGUCAGGGAUGAACAUGUUUCGAGCCUGCUGCCUCCUGUAGUUGUGAGUCUGUGGCUGUGUGUAAAACCUCAUACUACCUGUGCUCAAGGAUGCUGGACAAAGGACAUACUUAGAAUUAAAGUAAAAUAUACUCACUUGUCAGUUUAUUAGGUACACCUAGCUAAUUGGACCUGAUGCAGUCCAAUACAAAACAGCAAUAAAGCGUACCUUAUGAAGUUCAUAGUGUUCAGUUUGUGUUAUGUUCACUGCUGUUUGUGUCUUUUAACAGGACCACUUUUCAGUAAAAUGUCCUUCUAGCACAGAGAAAUAUUUCUCUUAUUGACCCUUCUUUUUUUUUUUAUGAAACGGCUGGACAAAAUAAUGGAAACAUCUCUGUGUCACACAAAACUGCAGCCUCCAAAAUGAGUCUAAGUUUAUUUCUAAAACAACAAAAAACGACUAUAAGUCUGCAUAAGUUCUAACUAGGUUUACCUAAUAAACUGACAACAGAACCUGAUUGUUUAUGAGGACGUUCAAGUGAUCAAAUCUUGAGAAUUAAAGUUCUUGACCUUGAAAUCAGCAGUUGAGAAAACAAUCUUAGCUGAAGUCCAUUUAGUUACUGUGCUCAGAAAAAACAUUUCUACAACGUCUCCAUUUCAAUAAGGGAAACACGACCUGCUGAUGAAGGUCAAUCUCUACAACUAAUAAACUAACCUUUUGUUGAGGUAACUUUUUUAUUGGGAACAGUUCAGUGUUCCUGACUGUUUCCCUUUUUAUUCUAAGCACAGCUUCUGCUGUACAUUCGUAUAAUUUUCAGUCAGAGAUGACUCACUAACAGCGACCUAUUAAAAGACCAGGGUAGGGGACAGAGUCCUGCUCAGGGCCAUUAUUGCAAACCCGCACACACCCACGCCCACAAAGCUCUGAACCAGACUCGACCUGUUACCCGCAAUUAUCACCAAGUCAAAUCAAGACCUGCGACACGACCCAUCACCUGUAAUUAAACACACAUGCUACAUAUACAUCCACUCACAUUAAAUGGGUUAUGGCCUCUUUUUCCUCCCGUUGGUUGAGUUGUGGCAUUAAACGUUGUGGCUGUCAAACGGCAAUACAUCGUGGCUCUUUUUACUAGCAAAAGUUCUACUGUGAACGUAUUCACCACCAGCUAUUUCUGUCUUUGAUGUGAUUCAUCUUCAUGUACUGUACAAGCGACUUCCCUGUGGGCAGUGACAUUUAUUUUCAUGGAAGUGAAGGUGUACACAACAAAACAAAUCCUUGUAGCUGACUAGCUGAUUUAUCCGUUAAAAAAAAGAACUGCACAAUUGUUUUGAUUUCUGAUUGCUCAUUCUCAUCUGAUUUCUCUUUAAACCCCUGCCUGUGAACUUAUAUGAAAAUAUUUUUAAACGUUACUCAACCCCUCCGCAGGUUACCCGUCGGCGACCCGACCCGGUGCAGGACUCUAGUAGGGGAUACGUUCAUGCUGGUGCAGUACACCACCACUCACUGCUUGUACGACUAUGUCACCACACCGCUGAUGACUAAGCAUGUCUGCCCAGGAUCACUGGUGCAUCUAACUGCUUUAUCAUUUAAACUUGAACAAGUAAAAAUACAUUCUUAUAUCAACAGUUGAGAAUAUAUAGUGCAAUACAACUGAGAUGCCUGUGCAUGUUUAAUUUAGAGCAGUAAUACUGGGCAGGAACUUCUUUUUCUGUGACAGUGGUACAAACCACACCAGUCACACUGUGGAGUAUUAAAGCUUUUAACAGUUAUCAGCGCAUGUUAAUGGUCUGGAAACUUCACAUCCAAGUAGUGAACAAUCCUAAAGUUAAAAUUUUUUAAAAAACAGGACGGGCCUCUAGCUAUAACUGUCACAUUAAGCAUGACUACAUGGGAACCAGGAAUGCAUCUUCUGCUGCUUGUUACAUACGUAAAAAAAAAAUUUGGUCCAAGCCCGCCCACAUUUCCACAUCUUGUAAAUUUGUACGACUAAAUGCUGCAUUUAGUUUUUCUAUUAUAGGAACAAACAUGUCUGUAUUUCUGAGUAUUUGAAGCAACAUUUUUUAGAUUUUGUAUGUUUUGUUGUUUGUACUGAUCUGUCAAUGAGGCAUUACAUACCGAGAAAAUAUCCCUGAACUGGCUGUAUUAUAAGGUUUUACCUGUACAUUAUGAAAAUCAAUGAGGUAGUGGUUUAUCUUUACUAUACACUUAACCUGUUGGUACAUUGUUUUAUCUACAUGUCAGCAUGGUGCAAACCUCCAUACGAGGGUCGAUCUGAAUUGAAUCAAUCAUAAGGUCAUUGAUUUUCUUGUAACAGUUUUUAUAAUUCAUCUUGAAUCAAAUAUUUGAGAAUGAAGCCGGCCGACCUACCAGUAAUUAAAUACUCUUCUUUAUAGUUUGACCUAAAUGAAGAACCAGCGUAUUGAGCCGAACCCCACUGAAGCCUUUACCGACUUCAUGACCAUGUCAGUAAUGUGGGUUGAUCUGCAAGCUUAUCCCCAAUGCACUAACCCUUUAGUUAUUUGUUUGUGCUAAUACUGUUGGAAGUUUAAGAGACUAGAAAGAUGUUAACAUCAGUGCAGAUUAAAGAAAUGUUAUUCAUCCUUCCAUAUCUUUAAACAACUAAAACAAACUAUUUGCUAACUUUCAUAAUUGUUUUCGUUUGCUGACAGUCUUGAAGGUGUCACUGUUUUAAAAAAUGGAUUUUGAGUUUUAACCUUUAAUCUAGCACAUCUUUCUUACUGAUGUUAUUUCAAGUCAUCUUUAUAGUUUUAAUAAUGUACUUUGCACAGAGAUCUUGUUUGAUUUUUAGUUUCUUUUUUUUCUUUUAACUCAUGUCCUUCAUAUGCACACAAUUCUGAAGGCCACAGUGGUUUAUUUAAAUGAUUCUAUUCAUCUAUUGUUAGAAGAUUGCUUGGAUUAUUUCUCUAGUGAGGGCAUGGUUAAGCAUUUUUGAAUAUGGUGAUGCUGUAGCAUGGGACUGCAGAGAACGUGUAUGCAACAGUGGUUUAAUAAAACCUUGUUCUGUUCCUUAA